GAGUGGUUAAGUCCUCGGAUCACUUAUCUCGCAGCGCGCACAAGUGGUGUACAUUAAUCGAUACCCCAUCAAUUAGUUGAGUCGGGGACUGUCAAGUGUUUCACGAAAUCUUGACAAAAGGCUGGGUUACCACGCGCUUGGCUUGAUCUUUCAAUUGGUAUUCUAUUGCUGGACUAAAAUGGCGAGCUCUACGGACUGGUUCCCACAGUUCUCCAAGUUACCGCCAGAGCUUCGGGACCAGAUCUGGUUUUAUGCUUUCCCGGAGCCCCGUAUCUACGAAGUGUUUGAUUCUCCCUGCUCCUCUUGCGAACGAACGGCAAGUGCCAAACUUAUGUUUGCUGAUAUUCGAAAUGAACCUCCUCCUGCCCUAGCAAGAGUAUGUCGAGACUCCCGGCAAGCAGUGCUUCGCUAUUACAAGCCUUUGGUUUUCUCUGGCACCGUGAAGCAUAUAAAUCUUGGUCGCGACAUUCUUCUUCUCGACUCGUACCUGCAGGUCAGGCGUCUUCUCAAGGUCGUUAGGUUGUUAAGUCAGGUCGAUUGCGUGAGGCGCAGCGCUUCUAGGAUCGCACUGGGGACGUCAUGGGGUCAGAACUCGGGAUUGCAUCUCCGCCUCUUGAACCAAGCUGUCCGAACAAAACCAAACAUGGCGCGAUUCCUUCAGUAUCUUUUGAAAUUCCCCAAGCUUAAAGCCCUAAUCUUAGUGAUAUAUCAGCGCUCGGCAUUCGACAUGACCUCCAUCCAGGCUGAUCACACAACUACUAACUCUUGGAGUCAUCAAUAUUAUUGGGAAGCAUACUAUUGUCGAUUCACUGUCAACUUCAACCUCGAGAACUAUUGGGCACGGAGGCCUCUUGAGAGAAAGCUAGUUCAGCAGGACUACGAAACUGUACAGGCUGAGAAAACGACAGCUUCCACGCGCGCUUCAAAGUCAUAUCAUCGUGGCACUAGGCCGCAAAAAUACGACAUCCAAGAUCUAAAGGAAACGUUUGAACAGUCGCUCCUAAGUGUAGCAAGAAAUAAAUGCAUACCACCCAAGUUGGAAACGGCAACGGUGACCUGGAUCUGUACUCCAUUCGAUUAUGAGGCUUAUUGUUGUCGACAGAACAUACCUUAAGACGAUGAUCAACUCUUACAUAUAUUAUACUCGCCAAUGUUAAUCUGCGAGAACGUGAUUCUGAAACUCAGCCUGCCUCAUCAGCCCGAGCAAGCGGCCAAACUACUGAAAUUAUGCUGGAGAGGGUGAUAUCUUGUAACCACUUGGGCUACCUCGAUAUUAUCCAACCACAUUGCCCCUGGCAUGGUUGACAUGACAGCUCCGGGACCUAGACCUGCGAAAAAGCUCAGCCUCACGGACUACUGCUUGGUACAGCGCUGGAUCACCUUAUAAGAUAAUGCCUUAGUGGCCUCGUCAGCUUGAAAUAGAAGAGAUGUUGAUUGACGGCUCAUUUAUCGAAAAGUUUGAGCCUGGUUGGUGAAUGGGAGCACCGCAAUCCAUUUUGUACAUCUUAAAAAAAAUAGAAUGCAUUGAUAUUUAGACAGCCCCCUAAAAACCUUUCAAAUGUACAUAGAUUCUGAAGUACCCUCUUCUCUCAGUUAUAAAUCACAGUUAGAGUCUUCAUGAUCCUCCCAACUAAUGCCCCAUCUUACUC